CGAUUAUUACUUCGAUUUCCUGUAGCCGAAUUCCAACAAGAAACAAGCAGCAAUUGUUGGGUUGUUUUGCGAAGAUUUUCGAAAAUGGAUUAUAUUCAAUUGAUGUUCAUCUCGAUCACUUUUUCAAUUGGAUUUCUUAUUAUGAUUUGUGCCGGCAAAAAGAAGCAAAAGUCAACAAAGCCUGUGGUUGAAUCAACCUCGGCUUCAAGUUCUGUCAAAAAUGGUGCCAAUGCUGCUCCAGACUGCCCAGUUCCACCACCGGGGCUUAGAUCAGUCGGCAAGGACACUCAGGACCCGAAUAUGCCGCCAAACAAGGAAGACAAGAAACCAGAGUCCAAAAAGUCAGCGGAAAAGCUUUCGAAAAAAUCGGACAAAACCAAGAAAAAGACGACAGUAUCGAGUGAGGAUAAGCCUGAAAAACCGGAAAAAUUGACCGAAGAGGAGAAGCCGAAGGAAAAGGAAAAAGCGAAGGAGAAGACUGUUCCAGUUCAAUCGAAGCUUCGCGAGGGCGACAAGAACGCGGUUGUCACAGAUCCUAUUGUCACACCUGAAACGGACGAGUACCCCACACUUGAAGAGGAUGGCGAUAAGAAGACGGAGAAAAAGACUUUCAAGAAGGAUAAGACUGAUAAAAAGAAGUAGACUAGUAUGUGGAAUAAAUGAUUUUUGAUAUUAAAAAUAAAAUUUCUUUGACGAA